AUCGUUUCUAGCAAGCUAGCUAGAUAACUAGGAGAGCUACCUUGAAGUUUGGAGACUCAAAGUGGAUAAGGGGGAAACAGGCUGACGGAAAAUGGCAGACGUCGAGGGAGAGGGAAUUAAUUCGGUGGCACCUCGGUUAGUUCAGCCAUCCUCUCCUAACCGCACCGGUGCCAGCCCAACGCAGGGCACCGGCAGUUGCCAAACGGUGACUACCGUUACGUCAGGCCCGCGACUGGUGCGGAUAGUCAAGUCUGACUCGGGAUAUGGCUUCAAUGUCCGGGGACAGGUUAGCGAAGGAGGACAACUACGGAGCAUCAACGGGGAAUUGUAUGCCCCGCUACAGCAUGUUAGUGCUGUUUUACCGGGAGGUGCAGCGGACAGAGCCGGUAUCUCGAAAGGGGACCGGAUUCUGGAAGUUAAUAGUGUGAACGUGGAGGGGGCGACCCAUAAGCAGGUGGUGGAUCUGAUCCGUGCGGGGGAGAGGGAGCUGAUGCUGGCCGUGCUGUCUGUACCUCCCCAGGAGGCUGACUGUCUGGACCCUGGAGACGACGGCUCAGCCCAGUCCUGCUACGACUACAGUGACAAACAGGCCGUCCCCAUCUCCGUCCCCACAUACAAACACGCUGAACUCAACCAGGAGAGGUUUGUGGUGUAUAAUGUGUACAUGGCAGGCAGACAGCUGUGCUCUAAGAGGUACAGGGAGUUUGCUAUCCUCAACCAGAACCUGAAGAGAGAGUUUGCCAACUACACCUUCCCCAAAAUACCUGGCAAAUGGCCCUUUUCCCUGUCUGAACAACAACUAGACGCUAGACGCAGGGGACUGGAGGAAUACCUGGAGAAAGUGUGUUCAGUGAGGGUGAUUGGGGAGAGUGAAGUCAUGCAGGAGUUUCUAUCUGAUGAGUCUGAUGAGAACUAUAACGGCGUAUCAGAUGUGGAGUUGAGGAUAGCCAUGCCUGAUAAAACCACCGUCACAGUCCGAGUCCGCAAGAACUGUACAACUGACCAGGUUUACCAGGCUGUGGUCAUGACAGUAGGAAUGGACAGCAUAACGGCCAGCUACUUUGCUCUGUUUGAGGUCAUCAACCACUCCUUUGUGCGUAAACUGGCUCCUAAUGAGUUCCCCCACAAGCUGUAUGUUCAGAACUACACGUCUGCUGUCCCUGGGACCUGCCUCACCCUGCGCAAGUGGCUCUUCACCACCGAGGAGGAGAUCCUGCUCAAUGACAACCAACUGGCCGUCAGCUACUGCUUCCACCAGGCGGUGGAUGAUGUGAAAAGGGGAUUUAUCAAGGCAGAGGAGAAGUCCUACCAGCUACAGAAAUUAGCAGAACAGAAGAAGAUGGCCAUGUAUCUCAGUAUGUUACGGGGCUGUGAAGGCUACAAUGAGAUCAUCUUCCCACACUGCUCCUGUGACUCCCGACGCAAAGGCCACGUCGUCACAGCCAUCAGCAUACACCACUUUAAACUGCACGCCUGCACAGAGGAGGGAACGCUAGAGAACCAGGUGAUCGUGUUUGAGUGGGUGGAGAUGCAGCACUGGGACACUGAUGAGGAGGGCAUGGCCUUCUGCUUCCAGUACGCCAGGGCAGAGAAGAAACCUCGCUGGGUCAAGAUCUUUACUCCCUACUUCAACUACCUGCAUGAGUGCGUUGAGAGAGUCUUCUGUGAACUCAAGUGGAGGAAAGAGGUGGAAGAGGAGGCUGUGGAUAAGGACAAUAAGAACUGCAGUAAAGAAGGUAUGUGUAGCAAGAAUAUCUUCCAGCUGUUGAGACACAGAAGGGAUGGAGGCACCUAGGAGGAGAGAUCAUCACCUCAUAAAAAUUGCUCUCCUCCAUCCGUCCCUCUGGUCUGGUUCAGCCCGGAACUACAACCACUACCUGUCCUCGCACAACUACUACUACACCAACUACAAACUACAACUUCUACAUACCAUUAACAGCAACUACAGAUCAACAACCACCACACACCAUCAAACUACAAAUGAACAACUUCUGGACUGACUGAAGGAGAAACAAUGACGCACACUACAACUUAAGCUGUUAUUCACCAUGAACCCUUGAAUACACCCCAAGCACACAAUAUAAACACAAGCCAACAGGAAGCUACAGUAGAAACAUACAGCAGGUUUGUACAGGUGAAUAAGUAACUCUAAAUACUUAGAUACAUGACUUCAUACAUCGCAUCACCUUGUUGGUCAAAACUCCAUGGAGACCUGUGACUAUUGGCUAAGGAGGCUAACGUCUUGUGGUGGGAUUGGAUGAAGGAGAUGGUUCUCUGGGACGAUAUUGGACAAGGGAUUUGACACGUGCAAGGCCAUUGGGUGUUUUGUGGCCACUUUGGAGUGCUCUGGAAUGGAACAGAGUGCAGUGGAAGAAGAGAACAAAAGAGGGAUACAGAUGAUAGAACAGAACCUGUUCUAAAAGAGGAAACGGCUGUUGAUGAUGGAACAGAACCUGUUCUAAAAGAGGAAACGGCUGGUGGUGAUGGAACAGAACCUGUUCUAAAAGAGGAAACUGCUGUUGAUGAUGGAACAGAACCUGUUCUAAUAGAGGAAACGGCUGGUGGUGAUGGAACAGAACCUGUUCUAAUAGAGGAAACGGCUGUUGGUGAUGGAACAGAACCUGUUCUAAAAGAGGAAACGGCUGGUGGUGAUGGAACAGAACCUGUUCUAAAAGAGGAAACGGCUGGUGGUGAUGGAACAGAACCUGUUCUAAAAGAGGAAACGGCUGUUGGUGAUGGAACAGAACCUGUUCUAAUAGAGGAAACGGCUGGUGGUGAUGGAACAGAACCUGUUCUAAAAGAGGAAACGGCUGUUGAUGAUGGAACAGAACCUUUUCUAAUAGAGGAAACGGCUGGUGGUGAUGGAACAGAACCUUUUCUAAUAGAGGAAACGGCUGGUGGUGUUGGAACAGAACCUUUUCUAAUAUAGGAAACGGCUGUUGAUGAUGGAACAGAACCUUUUCUAAUAGAGGAAACGGCUGUUGAUGAUGGAACAGAACCUUUUCUAAUAGAGGAAACGGCUGGUGGUGAUGGAACAGAACCUGUUCUAAAAGAGGAAACGGCUGGUGGUGAUGGAACAGAACCUGUUCUAAAAGAGGAAACGGCUGGUGGUGAUGGAACAGAACCUGUUCUAAAAGAGGAAACGGCUGUUGGUGAUGGAACAGAACCUGUUCUAAUAGAGGAAACGGCUGGUGGUGAUGGAACAGAACCUGUUCUAAAAGAGGAAACGGCUGUUGGUGAUGGAACAGAACCUGUUCUAAAAGAGGAAAUGGCUGGUGGUGUUGGAACAGAACCUUUUCUAAUAGAGGAAACGGCUGUUGAUGAUGGAACAGAACCUUUUCUAAUAGAGGAAACGGCUGUUGAUGAUGGAACAGAACCUUUUCUAAUAGAGGAAACGGCUGGUGGUGAUGGAACAGAACCUUUUCUAAUAGAGGAAACGGCUGGUGGUGUUGGAACAGAACCUUUUCUAAUAGAGGAAACGGCUGUUGAUGAUGGAACAUAACCUUUUCUAAUAGAGGAAACGGCUGUUGAUGAUGGAACAGAACCUUUUCUAAUAGAGGAAACGGCUGGUGGUGAUGGAACAGAACCUGUUCUAAAAGAGUAAACGGCUGUUGGUGAUGGAACAGAACCUGUUCUAAUAGAGGAAACGGCUGGUGGUGAUGGAACAGAACCUGUUCUAAAAGAGGAAACGGCUGGUGGUGAUGGAACAGAACCUGUUCUAAAAGAGGAAACGGCUAGUAAUGGUGUGUGUGUGUGUGUGUGUGUGUGUGUGUGUGUGUGUGUGUGUGUGUGUGUGUGUGUGUGUGUGUGUGUGUGUGUGUGUGUGUGUGUGUGUGUGUGUGUGUGUGUGUGUGUGUGUGUGUGUGUGUGUGUGUGUGGACUGAUUAUGGACAGCUGUGAGAGUCUAGGUUGGAACCCUGGAGGUAGAAACAACCCUUCUCUCUGACUCUGAACUGAACUCCCAGAAUGAGUCUCGACAGACAGACGGAGGGAACCGGCCACAUGAUACAAGAGACUGGACUCAUAUGAACCACACAGACCGAUUGACAUAUGGAUAUUAUCUCCUGUUUGUAGCCACUAUCUCCAUUUCAAAGAGAUCUACUGAAGAGACUAUUACAGACACAGAGAGAGAAAAACCAUACAUUUCCUUUAUUUGUGACUAUUGGGCCGAGCAGAACCAAGGGUAGCAUGUGUGUUUCAGCUGCUGGUUCUGUUUCGGUUUACAGAUGCUGAAAUUGCCCUGAAGCCAUUUUUGAAUACACAAACCUUCUCAUUAAAACACACACACACACACAGAAUGCUCAUCAUGUAGGAAUUGGAUCCCAGGAAAGUAUUCUGCCAUUUUGACAGAUACCUGAACAAGGAACAUGUUUACUUCACCUGUGUGUUUUGUGUACCUCCUAAAGACAUAUAUAUAUAUAUAUAUAAAAAUUAUAUAUAUCAUUUUUAAUGUGGACAUUUCAGACAUUGGACCGAAUAGCACAAAAAGAACCCUGUAAGAUUGUUGACCACGUUAAGCUCAAUACGUAUUCAUUCUAUGCUAAGUUUUCUGUUCUGCUGAUGCCUAACUGUGGGUUCAUAACACUGAACUCAGAAUUGCAUCUCGAUUUACAUGUUUUGUGUCUUUCUGUUCUUGAGAAAAGGUGUGAUGCUUUAGAAACACACUGUGAUUGUCAGUCUGUAGGAUAUGUCUAUGGUGUUGGUUUAGGUGAGUCUUUGGUUCAAUUGAUAUAUUGGUCCUUGUGUAUCUGAAGAAGCUGCAGUACUCAGAACGACCUGCAGGGGUCUCCCUCCCACUGAAAAACACUAGAUCAGUUCCUAUAGAACAGGGCUGGCCAGUAUUCUAACAGAGGGCCCGUGGGUGCAGGCUAUUGCCCCAGCCAAGCAGUAACACACCUGAUUCAAUAUCUGGUGGAUGUUAUCAUUGGAUGCUGAUGCAACACCACACACAUCUUUAAAUGCAGUGUAAACCUACAGCAGGGUUUGCCAGUGGUGUAGUAGGAGCUACACGGAGGUAUACGCCCUAAACCCCACAGAGGUUUAUACAGUGUUGUAGUAGGUAUACGCCCUAAACCCCACAGAGGUUUAAACAGUGGUGUAGUAGGAGCUACACGG